CACACACAACGCUCGUGUAAACAGUAACCACACAGACACUUUGGACUUUGUCAGUGUGGAAGUGCAACCCAAAAGAAACUUCCACUUGCCUGCCACUCCACACAGAAGCCGCCACGACGUCACAACAUGUUUGGUGGCCGCGUGCUUCUCUUCGUCUUCCUCUCAGGAGGCGGAGCUUUCCUGGUGCGCCAUCCUUACAGUGACAGCUGUUUGGAGGAGCGUCGGUAUGCAACCGGCAGGCCGGUUCUGCGUGCUUGCCGCCCGUCCUCUGAGGCCCAGCAGUGGGCGUGGAAAGGUCGCGGCCUGCUGGCGUCCGUCCUCACGUCCAGGUGUCUGGCGGCGGGCCAGCCCCGCGUCACGCUGCCGUGUCGCGAAGGGGCGGAGCUACAGUGGAUGUGUGACGGGGACACGCUGAUCAGCAGCGGCUCGCCAACGGCGCCCUCUGUGAACUGGUGGCGACUUGCGCCCGGCAAACACGACACGCGUGAAGGAGCCGCCGAAGAAGAAGAAGGAAACUUCUGCAAACACAACAAAUUCAGGCCGCGUCGAGCGUCGCCGGACGACGAACGCGCGGCGGCGGGAGGAGGAGCCGAGAAGGAGGCCACCGUGACGGAGCGACAGAAAGAAUAUCUGCGAUGGUUUUAUCGCGCCGAAGAUCCAACUGUGUGGAAGUUCGUGCUGCUGGGUUUGGCCUUCGUCUGCCUUCUGGUCGGCUUUCUCUUGCUGGGAAUGGGCGCCAUGGCUAGCAGGAACAGAAGGAAGAUCGCCAAGUACAAGGAGGCGGCGGCGGCGGCCCACAAAGGCGAAGACCGGACGUGGCCGGGAGGCGACGACGGCGACGACGACUGCGGCGCACGGACGCCGCGGAUGGCGACGCCCUGCAACGGCGACACCGGCGAGAUGAAAGCGGGCAGCAUCGUGGUGACAUGGAAGGACGGAAACACUUCGUGUUUGUACACCGACGCCCCGGUCGAGGACGGGCCCGAGGCCGAGGUCGAGCUGCCCCAGCCGAGCGAGGACGACGACAAGGAGGAGGAAGAGGAGGAGGAGAUGAAGGAUGGGCCAGACACAUCAACGCGACCGACGACGACGUCUACUUGAACUUUGACAUUUUCACUUUAAAGCCUUUGAAGCGUCUGUGCAUUUACUUUAACUGACAGGAUGAUGAUGAUGAUGAUGAUGAUCAGGUCACCACAGAAUAAUUGAAAUUAAAAAAAAAAAAAAAACACUUGAUGGGUGUGCAAAUGUGUCAUUUAAAUAAUAAAAUAGAUAAAACAAAAUAUUAUUUUUGUUACAGCUGGUUUGUUCGUGUAUGUGCAUGUAAAAGUGGUCAAUAAAGUACUAAAGUAUUUGUACUGCUCCGUGUCAAUAAAGUUAUACUUUAAAUACA